UGUCGGAGAGCCCCGCCCGAUUUGACCGAUAAUUGGAGCAGCUCUCAAAGCGAACGGCAUCUCCGCUGAACGGUCCGCACUUCUUCCAUCAUCACUUAGGCAUCUAUGAAUGCUGGAGUGCUGCAUAUCCAUUGUUAUUACAAACUGGAGGGAGAACGUCUCACUCCUUUACUGCUCUUCGUACUUACAUAUUCCAAAUUUCUGUUCCUUCACAGAGAUACAUUUCGACAUCCACGCUUCUGGGACAUUAUCAAAUUUGAAGCUCGCAAAACAGCCGGUUGAGAUAAUGUCGCGAUCAAUCUCAUCAAGUCAACAAUAAGGUAAGCCGGCUCGAACUGUCACUCCCAUAAUAACCCGAACUUUACCAAAUGCUGUCUCGAGUUCAACAGAAGAUCUAAACUCAUGUCAACAAAGCGCUCUAGGGCGGCUUACGAGGCCAACCCGAACGACGCUCCUCCGCCGCAUGCUCCAUACGUCCUCUACGGCACCCCUUUGCCGCCUUACGAACCCAACGCCCGCGACGAUGGCAGUUUUGUGCCCGAGUGGAAGCAAGAAGUGACCGAUGAGCGCGGAAGGAAACGCUUCCAUGGCGCCUUCACGGGAGGUUAUAGUGCUGGCUAUUUCAAUACUGUCGGAUCCAAGGAAGGCUUUGUUCCCAAAACCUUCGUAUCAUCAAGAACAAAUCGAGUGAAAGAUGCUGGACAGCAGCAAACGACCCCGUCUACGCAACGACCUGAGGAUUUCAUGGAUGACGAAGAUCUCGCCGAACACAACGCAUCACAGCGAAUCGAGACAGUCGAUACGUUUGCGGGUCUCGGUGGCCCAGCUGGGAUAUCUGCCAAGUCAUCGAACGACGAAGACAGCGGUCUUUUCGCGCAGGUAUUCCAUACCCCUUCAGCCACCACGACGGAGCGAAAAGGCUACGAGCUGCUACGCCGAAUGAAAUGGCGUCCCGGCCAAGGCAUCGGUGCCAUGGUCCGGCGGCGCGCAGAUGGUGAUCGAACGGGAGAACUGCAUCUGUUUGCACCUCAAGAAGUACCUAUGGUUACAUUCGCGAGAAAGACAGAUCGUCAUGGUAUAGGCUACGGUGAAGUCGGCAGGAUUAAGCUCAUGCCAGUCCAGCAGCCACGGCGCGAGCCUACUAGGCGAAAAUUUGGGCUCGGGGCUGGUGGGGUCAAGGGAGACGAUGAAGACGACCUAGACGAAUUCGGACCGAGGAUCACCAUGCCACGAGCAGUGGGUGGUGCCGACAAGAAGAAGAAGAAGAAGAAGAAAGUUUUGGAAUCCACGAAAGAGGAUGCCUCGAGAUCAUCAAAGCUGCUGGCUCUACCGCGCAAGACAGCCUCAAGAACGUGCCACGAUGGUCGUCCACCGCUACGUGGUUUCAUUCCUGCCCUGCGUCCACUAGUCACAGCAUCUCCCUCGUUACUGGAAGCUUAUGCGCCACCUGCCGUUCCAGCCGGAUGGAUAUCUUCGCAUCAACCUCGCGAUACCACAAUGACGACCACAAUCAACCCAUCAACUAACAAUACCCCUUACCGAUCUACCAAAGAUGUAGCGCGGGCAUCAACACUCGAUCCUCGCGCACGAGCUGCCUUGCUUGGCGAGCAGCUCCUUCCCGGGAAAUCUGUCUUUGAUUUCCUCAGCCCUGCAAAUCGUGCGCGCAUCGUUGCAGCGACUGGAAAUAAUGCUCUACCGGCCGCUGGUAAUGAAGCUCUGCCUAGCACUAGUUCUACCGGCCAGCCAUUAAACGAGCUCGAACGCUUGUGGUCUCUCGUCCCGCCUCUCAGUCGUGCAACUGCUGCGGGUGCCCUAGCACGUGGCGAAAAGGGCUGGAUGCCCUAUGGCGAGGAUGAAGCUAAGCGUUCGCGAUACCGCGCCUUUCUACAGCUGCGUGCCGCGGCGCCGCCUUCGGUGGACGAUCCACCACUCCCACUACCUUUUCGCCCGCCAACGCUCUCUGUCCACGACUGGGCCCAAGAGCUUCGCGAAUUUGCCGCGGCGGCGGAAGUCUUUCGGCCAGCCACCGGUCUUCUCGGGAAACGAUUUACUGCUGCCGUACAGGAUCCGACCGUGGCGCCUCCCACCUCCCAAGACUCAAAGGACGAUCGUGCUGCUGAUUCUGCCUCUGCUAACGACAACGCCGACCCCGCCGAGAAGGCCGCACAGAUGGGCAUGCACGGUGCGCUAACUCGCUCUCGUGCCCGUUUCUACCCCAAUCGUCUGAUCUGUAAACGAUUCGGUGUCCGCCCACCGCCGGACGCUGGGCCUGAAAUGCCGGGCGCUCGCGGUGGCAGUGGUGGCGGCGGCGACGACAACUCCCAUCACAAUUCUUCACGUGCCGAUUUUGAUUCCGGGGAGACAGCCGCCACUGCUGCCGUCGCGCGUCUCGAACUCGUUGGCCGCGCGACCCUGGAGAAGAUCAUGAUUGAGGCAAACCUGAAGAGGAUGGAGGCUCGGAACGCUGUCACGGAGUCAGCUGUAUCAUCAGCAAGUCCAGCUGGUGUUGCUGGAGAAGCUGAUUUAGUCGUUAGGCAUGAUCCUGCGCCGAAGCUCCUGCCGAUGCAUGCAAUCGAUGCGGUAUCGGAGGCUCGGGCGGAGGUCAAUCCCGAGCUGAAUGAGGCUUUGGAGAAGGAGAAACCUGAUGAGGCGUUGUAUCGGGCGAUUUUCGGGCAUAGCGAUGACGAUAAUUGAUAGCGUGAAGUUCAAUGUCAACAGUUGAAUGACAUGCGUAACUCUCACCGUGAGUACGGUCAUUGAUUGUGCCCAAAAUGAACGACUACUAUAAUUCAAGAUGUCAUGUGCUAUCGGUAACGUGUACAUCUCGCACCCAGAUCAACCAAAGGACGACUCGCAUUGUAUCAGCACAUCCACCAGGUGUUCUGUCUGUUAUUUCGAGCACUAGCAGGACUAACAAUAGGUCGUCCCAGUCACACAGUUCUUCAUAGGAAC